AUGUCCAGACAGCUAGAAAACAGCGAGAACCUUCUAAGAAAAGAAAAAGAGUCCAAGAACAACCAAUGUCUGCCAAAAAAAAAAGAAAUUGGACACAAAAUCAGAAAAUCGUCUAAAAUUAAGAAAAAGAAAGGAAAACAGAAGUUCAAGAUAUCGAAAGACAACAUCCAGAAACAUCUCAUUAGAAGAUCAAAAAGAGAAGAACAAGAAGAGGAAAUGAUAAUAAUGGAUGGCCAUUCAACUGUGCCACAAUCAAUUCUGGAGUGUAUUGCAGAAAUGGUCAGUCAGAUGACAAGAAUUGAAUGGGAGGCUCUUAUAUUCAAGGCAACAAAAGAGGCUGCAACAUCAACAGAUACAGUCUCACAAAUUGCCGUUACUUUACUUGAAGAAUACUGUGAAGAUGAUCACAUUCAGACUCUGAAGACCAUAUCUGAUAACCAUUGCCCAAAAGAUAUGACAAACCCACAGAAAUUUAGAAUGGCACUUUUAAUGCUACAUAAUCUCGGCAAUUAUAUAUAUUACCUUUUAACUGUGAAAAUAAAUAUAUAUUUAGUGUGCCUAUAUCCUUGA